AUCCCUUUUUAUUAGUGCGUUCGUUCUUCUCCACUCACUCUAUUUACUCACUGACGCUUCACCAGCCCUAGAGCCUCCCCCAAUGGCUACGCAAAUUUCUUGAAAGCGUUUGGAUCUCUGACUCUGAAGAUUUAGUUUGGGCUGGGAAGUCGAAAAUGGCGAAGUUCUUGGAUUUGCCGAUGGAGCUGGUGGUGGAGAUAAUGUCAUUUUUGCCCGCUGAGUCUCUGGUUCGAUUCAAGUGUGUCUGCAAGUUGUGGUAUUCCAUUAUCAACGACCGAGGUUUUGUUGCGAAACACCUUCGCAAUGCCACUAAGAUCUCAUCCACGAAGUCCUUGUGUUUCACUGGCUAUGGCAAGGAAUUUGAAGAACCGGUAAGCUCGUUUCUCACUAUCUACGACGACGACAAAAACGGUGAACAUGUUUAUUCUGUUGUUGAAGAUUCCCUGUCGCCGUUUUUCCAGCGGCAUAGAGAUGAGUACGUUGUAAGCUCUCAGUGCAAUGGCAUCUUUUGUCUAUAUGGGGAACAGAUUACCAACAAUGUUAUCUUAUGCAACCCAGCAACCAGAGAAUUCAAGCUUCUUCCAGAUUCGUGUUUUUGUGUUAAAACUUGCGGAAUCAUGUUUGGGUUUGGCUAUGAUCCUAGAGUUGAUAGCUACAAAGUUGUUCGAGCUGUUCUUUUGGACUGUGGAGAUAACCUCUCCUUACGAGCUGAAGUAUGCACUGUAGGCUCUAGUUCCUGGAGAGAGAUCAAGUUGAAUUUUUCGUUAUCUCAACUGGAGGUGCUCAUUUUAAGUAUUGCCUAUGGUCGAAAUGUUCACAAACAGCGGUACUGCAAAGGAGCCUGUUAUUGGUUGCUGAGCCCUAUGCGCUGCGAGGAGGAAACGAUCAUUCAUUUCGACAUGUUGAACGAGCAAUUUUAUAGGAUAUCGUUGCCUAUUAACAUCAAUGGUGAACAAGAGGGGAGGUCAUUGCACACGAGCCUUGCGAUAUGGAAUGAAUCGGUUGCUUUGUUUCGUUACUCCUAUGAUGAUGUUACAAGGCCUAUUGACAUCUGGGUAAUGCUUGACUCUUCUGGUGUGUCCAAAGCUUCUUGUUGCUGGACCAAACAGCUAAGCAUUGGCCCCCUAGAAGGCAUUUGCCGCCCAAUAUUGUUUUGGAAGACUGAUGAGAUCCUUAUGAGCACUGACGAUGGACGCGCGGUUUCUUACAACCUACAUGCCAAAAGACUUGGAAAUCUUCCCAUCCCUCCUGGCUCGCUAAUGUGCAAUGCUUCUGUUUACAUAAAGAGUUUGGUUUCUGUGCAUGGAAGGAUUUGAAGGGCAAGAUUAGAGAUGAACUAGUUUUAUUAUAUAAUGUUGAACGGUUCCCUUUGUAUUUAUAUGCUUUAUAUUAUGGAUGUGUGGUUUCUUUAUUCGUGGUUUUGUUUCCUAAUUUGUAUUUUCAAUUCAAAGAAUGAUGUGUGGUACAUGGA